AAGUAAUCACAAGUGACCUGUGAUUAUACCCGAGCCUCUGAGUUUCGCUGACCUGUGCAACAUGUGGAGUGUUCUUGUAGUACAACUAGCGACAUCUUCAGUCCUAUUCAGCGCAGCGACAUCGCCAGCACAAUCCACACAGACAACAAGUUUUACACAGAUACCCACUUCGACAAAGGAAACCACUUUGGCACAGACAACUAAUUCGCCAAAAACAACAGUUUCGACUCAUACAACAACACCGACGACUACAACAACCCCAGAUCCGCGCACGAAUACAACAGUAUGUUACCCGCGUGUUGGGUGCUUCGAUAACAUUCCACCAUUUAACAUAGCAAACUUGGCGCUUCCUGUGGCACCGGAAGUAAUAGGGACUGGUUUCUGGUUAUACACGCGUGGAAGUUCUGGUAACGGUGGCCACGAGAAGCUCAACUACACCGACCAGGACAGUGUCACGAGGUCAAGGUUUGACCAUGCGAAGCUGACAAAAAUUAUAAUUCACGGUUACAAAAGAGGAGGGAACUCAUCAUGGGUACAAAACUGCAAAGAUGCUCUCUUACGAAAGGGCGAUAUGAAUGUUAUCAUUGUCGACUGGAGACGAGGUGCAGUUGCGGGUGAUUACGACCAGGCUGUUGCAAACACAAGAUUGGUUGGAAUACAGCUUAAAGUCAUGGUAGAAAUGCUGAUAAAGGCGGGGCUAAAGACGAAGGACGUGUAUCUGGUUGGGCAUGAUUUAGGUGCUCACAUAGCGGGCUAUACUGGUUGGCUGAUGAAGGGCGCCAUUGCGAGAAUAAGCGGGCUGGAUCCCGCGGGACCAAAUUAUGGUCAUGCACCAGAUAUUCUGAAGUUAGACAAGACCGACGCCAUAUUUGUUGACGUCACCCAUACAAAUGGCGGCUUCCUAGGUCAGGAAUUACCUUCCGGUGACGUAGACUUCUAUGUGAAUGGUGGCAAGGUACAGCCCGGAUGUCCGACUACAGCACCGGAUGCACUGGGACCAAUGCUUAUAGACAAAGACGCAAACAACACACUAGGUUGCAGCAAUGCCCGAGCCACUGACUAUUACAUAGAGUCCAUCUCCACGCCCUGUCCGUUCACAGCCUACCCCUGCACGGACUAUAAAACCUUUAAAAAUGGCCUCUGUCUGAAGUGCGGAACACGAGGUUGCACCCAGUUUGGUUAUUAUGCGGACCAGUUUUCUGCCCGUGGAAGCAUGUUCCUGGACACUGGUGGCACGUCGCCGUUCUGUGGUUAUCACUAUGGUGUGGAGCUGAAGGCCGCGGACGACGUGAAGGAGACUCAGGGCCAACUCAUCCUGAAUCUGGUCGGCCAGUGGGGAACCAGUGGGUUCAUCGCAGUCACGGGGAAUACGAAGUUGACCCCGAAAUCAACGGUCGUGCAAGUUGUUGUCGCCAAGAACGAGAUAGGAGAUGUUACUGCUGUGGAGGUUAAAUACGUCAAGAAUUCAGGCUUCUGGUUCAGCGACGGAGAGGAUACAUUUGAACUCAGCAGUGUUAAGGUUACUUCCGGUGAAAAUGGCUACUCGUACCUUGCUUGUCUUGGCGGACAGACACUGGCAGAUAAAGCGACGGUCAAGACGGACGUCACAAACAAGAACGCGUGCUGAUAUAUACACAAGAUACUCGUAUGUAGAAACGUGUAAUAAAUAAAACUGUCGUAUCGUA